AUGGCGACUAUUUGGGAGGAUUCAGGUCCAGGUGCCCCGACUGAUGCCACAGGCUCCGCCUCCAGUCCACAGAGUGAUGCUGUAACCAAUGAGCUGCAAGAACUGUCUCUUCAGCCCGCCCCCAACUUACUUCCUAUUCAUGAGAGGAAAAAUGUGCUCCAACUAAAACUUCAGCAGAGACGGACUCGAGAAGAGCUGGUUAACCAGGGGAUCAUGCCACCGCUGAAAAGUUCUGCAUCCUUUCACGAGCAGAGACGAAGUUUAGAACGAGCUCGGACCGAGGACUACCUGAAGAGAAAGAUCCGCAGUCGUCCAGAGAGGUCAGAGCUGGUCAGGAUGCACAUUCUUGAAGAGACGUCAGCAGAGCCGUCUCUUCAGGCCAAGCAGCUUCUGCUGAAACGAGCUCGACUAGCCGACGAUCUGAACGAUAAAAUCUCCCAGCGGCCCGGUCCGAUGGAGCUCAUUCACAAAAACAUCCUGCCAGUGGACAGCAGCCUCAAACAAGCCAUCAGAGAGACUGAGUUUCCAAAAGUAGAAGUGGAGAACUCUUCAUUCGACGAGGAAAGCAGUGACGCAUUCUCACCAGAGCUGACCCUCCAUCAGGACUCUCCCCUCGGCCAAGGACACUUACCUUCCCCCCCUGAGAUACCGGCCAGUGAAAACACACCCAAACAGGUCCCACCUCCUCCUCCUCCUCCUCCACAGCUGCCAAACACCGCUGGUCCUGCCCCUCAGCAGAAACUAGCCAAUGGGACAACAGGCCACAAGCAAGCUCCUGCACUACAAAAGGGUGGUAAAGUGGGUAGUGAGCGCCCUGUUCAGCGCUCUAAGAAGGUGAGAGAGAACAAACCCAAAGUGAAGAAGCUGAAGUAUCACCAGUAUAUUCCUCCGGACCAGAAAGCCGAGCGUGAGCCUCCACCUCUGCUCGACUCCUCGUAUGCCAAACUCCUCUAUCAACAGCAGCUCUUCCUCCAGCUGCAGAUCAUCAACCAACAGCAGCAAAACUACAACUACCACACCAUCCUGCCUGCGCCACCCAAGUCAUCUUCUGAUCAGCAGCCUCUUUCAACCAAUGGCUCAUCGCCAUCCAAAAAUGACAUGCCUCCUCAAUCAACAUCCACCAAUCUGUCUGGCCAGAAUCAGCACAUCACUGCAUUUAAAACAGGACCUCUGCCUCCCAACCUGGAUGAGCUAAAGGUGGCAGAGCUGAAGCAGGAGUUAAAACUGCGGGGCUUAACUGUCUCAGGCACCAAAAAUGAUCUUAUUGAGCGGCUGAAGAAUUUUCAGGAGCAGAACGGUGCUUCUUCUAAAACCAGCACACCAUCACCCCCUGUAGUGGGAGGAGUCUCUUCCUCCACCCAAUCAACAGGCAGGAGCAGGGUGGUUGCUUCCGUCCCAUUGGUCACGACUGCAGAAAGGGGUGAAGCUCAGAUGACAGCGCCUCAGAUAAAGCAGUUUGGCAGCACCAGCUCCUCCCCUCCGGUUUCCCCCGCCCACUCAGAGCGCUCUUCGACUGGAAUGAGCCCAGAUGAAAUAAGCAGUAAUGGGGAUGCUUUUGGGGAAAUGGUGACAUCUCCCCUUACCCAGCUCUCCUUGCAAACUUCUCCUCCUCUCCCCUCCACGAUCUGCAUUAAAGAGGAGCCCGGCAGCUGGACGUCUCCGUCCUCCUGCUGUCUGGGGUCCCAGUCUGCAGCGCCCGCGAUAGACAAGGACCAGAUGCUGCAGGAGAAGGACCGGCGCAUCCAGGAGCUCACACGCAUGCUGUUGCAGAAGCAGCAGCUGGUCGAAUCUCUGCGCUCGCAGCUGGAGGGCAAACAGGUGGGUCUGCCGCUCCUUCCUGGUGUCACUAUGGAGGCGGUCAGGGUGACCGUAAAGGAAGAGGUCAGAGAGGUGAUUGAAGACAGCGAGAUGGUGACAGGGCCGCCGGUAUUCCCACAGGCGGGGCAGAUGCAGACGCAGAGGAUGGCGGCUGCGCUGGAGGUGGAGCAGGACCGGCAGCAGCAGCUCAUAAUGCAACAGAAUCAGCGCAACCUGCAGCGCCAAGCACAUCAGAGGAAGAGGAAAUCACAGAAACAACAGCUCAACCAACAAAAACAACAGUUGGCUCAAGCACUUACCAACCAGCAGUCAAGUCCUGUUCCUUCAUUCCCAGUGGACGUACUGAAAUCAACCUCCACCCCCACCAUAGUGACCGACAGAAAUGGCAACCAGUUCCUGCUAACACUGUCCAAUCAAAACGCAGAGGCGCCUGCCAGAGGACGCCGCGCCCAGAGCAAAAGGCUGCAGUCUACACCCAUCAUGUUAGCCAACAAGUCAGUGACUGAAGUGCUUAACAAUAACAACCAAUCUGAACAGCCCAUACAAACCGUCAUUCUGAAACAGCCAAUCAAAAAGGCAUUAAAGCCAGACCUAAAUAUGACGACCAAUUACAAAUCAUCCAGCUGCACAUCCAUCUCAUCACCAGCCAAUAUCCAACCAUUCUUCUCUCAAGUGGAAUCCAUGAACGACACCGAGGCCUUCCCCUCAUUUCCCAACAACAACAACAACAACGAGGAGAUGUGUUUGAAUUUGGACCAGCAUGUUUUGCUCUCUCCUCCCCGCUUGUGUUCGCCCAUAGCUCUUUGUCAUCAGGAGAAUGGCUGUCACCAGCACGUUGAUGACCUUUUUGACAUCCUAAUUCAACGUGGAGAAAUCUCAGAGAAUUUCAAAGCCAGCCCUGAUCCUGUUCUCGAAAGGCUUCGGCCGAACACGCCUCUUUCCUCAAGCUCCUCCCCUCUCAGUCUUUCCCGUCCUCCUGAUAUGCCCUUCAAAACUUUCAUUUUACAACCUCAGCUUCCUUCAAUUAAGGCGCACAUCAACUGUGACACAGGAGGGGGGCGUCUUGAAGAUUUCCUGGAAAGCACUACUGGCAAACCUUUGCUGGGAGUGGAGCCAGGAGGACCGACGACGCUUAUUGUUGACCUCCACAACCAAAUGCUCAGCACACCGAGUAUCCUAGACCACCCACGUUCACCAAUGGAUACGUGUGACAUAAGUUUUUCCAGUCACUCGCCUUCAGAUCUGAUAGACUCCGCCCCCGAUCCAAUGGAAUGGAUGGAGCUCGGAAUGGGCGGGGCUGGAGGGGAGGGGCCUGGGAUGGUACAUAUGAAUGGACACGAGUCCUCUAGCUUAUUUUCCACAGACUUUCUGGACACUUCUGAUCUGAAUUGGUCCAGCUUAUAGUUCAUGGGAUAUUGCAGACUGCUAUAUUUUUGGAAAGGCCCUUUUAUGGAUUAGCUUCCUUUACAUAGUAUGGUUUAUAUUUGUUUCUACAAGUGAAAAAAGUAUGGAUAUUCAAAAUACUAAUUUAACUUGGAUUAUGUUAGACUUUAUCCCUCAUCUUUGCUUGCACAAAUGCUCACGCCACUGAUUGCACGCAUAUGUCACAGAGCUGCCUACAUAUCAUUUUUAUCUGGAAGGUGUCAUUUGUUGUGCUUUUGUUUAUCUGAAACACAUAAUUUCACAUUUGGAUUAUUUGAACAAGAUGUCUUUGUGUAUUUUAUAAUUUAAAAUAUGUGAAUUGCUCUUGUAUUAAUGACACUUAAAACAAGAUGCUUUCUAUUUCUCUGUGAUGUAUGUGUGCUUGUGGAAACAUGCAUGCAAACAAGCGACAGACCUUGUUUUUGCAUCAGUUUGAGCAAAUUCAUUCACUAAGUGCAGCUUUUGAAUUUAAUUCACCUUUAAAUUUAAUUUUGCGGCAUUAAACGAAAAACAAACAAACAAAGAAAUCGGACUUUAUCAAAGAUAGCUAGUAAACCUAUGCACACUCGUUAUUAAAAACUCAAUAGCUUUAAAAGAUACACCGGGAUUUUACUAUUUAUAGUACUGAACUUAUGUUGCUAAUAUUUUUAUAUUAUAAGCAGGUUAUAAACCGGUUUUUAGCAUUGACAUUCAUGUUACCAUAAGGGUAUUUUUAAUAAUAAUAAU